CGAGUGUGUUCCUCUCGCCCUGUCAAUAAUCUCCGCUCCCAGACUACUCCGUUCCUCCGGAUUUCGAUCCCCCUUUUUCUAUCUGUCAAUCAGCGCCGCCUUUGAACUGAAAAGCUCUCAGUCUAACUUCAACUCACUCAAAUCCGAGCGGCACGAGCUCCUCCUGUAUCUUCGGCUUCCCCCCCCUUUGCUCUUUAUAUCUGACUUCUUGUUGUUGUUGGUGUUUUUUUUUUUUACCCCCCUUUUUAUUUAUUAUUUUUUUUGCACAUUGAUCGGAUCCUUGGGAACGAGAGAAAAAAGAAACCCAAACUCACGCGUGCAGAAGAUCUCCCCCCCUUUCCCCUCCCCUUCUCCCUCUUUCCCCUCCCCAGGAGAAAAAGACCCCAAAGCAGAAAAAAAAGUUCACCUUGGACUCGUCUUUUUCUUGUAACAUUUUUUUUUGGGGGGGCAAAACUUUUUGGGGUUUUUUUUUUUUUUUUUUUUGCUUUUCUUCCUCCUUCAUUUUUCUUCCAAAAUUGCUGCUGGUGGGUGAAAAAAAUGCCGCAGCUGAACGGCGGUGGAGGAGAUGACCUAGGCGCCAACGACGAACUGAUUUCCUUCAAAGACGAGGGCGAGCAGGAGGAGAAGAGCUCCGAAAACUCCUCGGCAGAGAGGGAUUUAGCUGAUGUCAAAUCGUCUCUAGUCAAUGAAUCAGAAACAAAUCAAAACAGCUCCUCCGAUUCCGAGGCGGAAAGACGGCCUCCGCCUCGCUCCGAAAGUUUCCGAGAUAAAUCCCGGGAAAGUUUGGAAGAAGCGGCCAAGAGGCAAGAUGGAGGGCUCUUUAAGGGGCCACCGUAUCCCGGCUACCCCUUCAUCAUGAUCCCCGACCUGACGAGCCCCUACCUCCCCAACGGAUCGCUCUCGCCCACCGCCCGAACCCUCCAUUUUCAGUCCGGGAGCACACAUUACUCUGCGUACAAAACGAUUGAACACCAGAUUGCAAUUCAGUAUCUCCAGAUGAAAUGGCCACUGCUUGAUGUCCAGGCGGGGACCCUCCAGAGCAGACAAGCCCUCAAGGAUGCCCGCUCUCCGUCACCGGCACACAUUGUCCAGUGCCCCCUCCCUUGCUGCACUCAGGGACAUGACUGUCAGCACUUCUACCCCCCCUCAGACUUCACUGUCAGCACUCAAGUCUUCAGGGACAUGAAAAGGAGCCACUCCUUACACAAGGUUGGGGAGCCCUGGUGUUUGGAGUCGAACAAAGUGCCGGUCGUGCAGCACCCUCACCAUGUUCACCCCCUCACGCCGCUCAUCACGUACAGCAAUGAGCACUUCACCCCGGGAAACCCACCUCCACACUUACCCGCUGACGUUGACCCCAAAACAGGAAUCCCACGGCCUCCGCACCCUCCAGAUAUAUCUCCAUAUUACCCGCUAUCGCCUGGCACCGUAGGACAAAUCCCCCAUCCGCUAGGAUGGUUAGUACCACAGCAGGGUCAGCCAGUGUACCCAAUCACGACAGGAGGAUUCCGUCACCCCUACCCCACAGCUCUGACUGUCAAUGCUUCCAUGUCCAGCUUCCUGUCUUCCAGGUUCCCUCCCCAUAUGGUCCCACCACAUCACACUCUACAUACGACCGGCAUCCCCCACCCGGCCAUAGUCACGCCAACAGUCAAACAGGAAUCCUCCCAGAGUGACGUCGGCUCACUCCACAGCUCAAAGCAUCAGGACUCCAAAAAGGAAGAAGAAAAGAAGAAGCCCCACAUAAAGAAACCUCUUAAUGCGUUCAUGUUGUAUAUGAAGGAAAUGAGGGCAAAGGUCGUGGCAGAGUGCACGUUGAAAGAAAGUGCGGCCAUCAACCAGAUCCUGGGGCGAAGGUGGCACGCACUGUCCAGAGAAGAACAAGCAAAGUACUACGAGCUGGCCCGGAAGGAGCGACAGCUUCACAUGCAGCUGUACCCCGGCUGGUCUGCGCGGGACAACUAUGGGAAGAAGAAGAAGAGGAAAAGGGACAAGCAGCCUGGAGAGACCAAUGAACACAGCGAAUGUUUCCUAAAUCCUUGCCUUUCACUUCCUCCGAUUACAGACCUGAGCGCUCCUAAGAAAUGCCGAGCGCGCUUUGGCCUUGAUCAACAGAAUAACUGGUGCGGCCCUUGCAGGAGAAAAAAAAAGUGCGUUCGCUACAUACAAGGUGAAGGCAGCUGCCUCAGUCCACCCUCUUCAGAUGGAAGCUUACUAGACUCGCCUCCUCCCUCCCCCAACCUGCUAGGCUCCCCUCCCCAAGACGCCAAGUCACAGACUGAGCAGACCCAGCCUCUCUCGCUGUCCCUGAAGCCCGACCCCCUGGCCCACCUGUCCAUGAUGCCUCCGCCGCCCGCCCUCCUGCUUGCCGAGGCCGCCCACGGCAAGGCCCCCGCCCUCUGUCCCAACGGGGCCCUGGACCUGCCUCCUGCCGCCCUGCAGCCGCCCAUCCUGUCCUCCUCUCUUGCACAGCCGUCAACAUCUUCCUUACAUUCCCACAACUCUCUGGCCGGGACCCAGCCCCAGCCGCUGUCCCUCGUGACCAAGUCGUUAGAAUAGCUUUAGCUUCGUUAGCCCUGCCCUGGUCGGUUUGCGUAGUGUUGCGGUUUUCGCUUUUCUUUGUCCCCCCCCCCCCCCCCCCCAGCCUCCUGCACCCCCCUCCCCACCCCCUCCCCCCUCGGAAAGGUUUUGUUUUGUACUCUUAAUUUUGUGCCACGUGGCUACAUUAGUUGAUGUUUAUGGAGUUCAUUGGUCAAUAUUUGACCCAUUCUUAUUUCAAUUUCUCCUUUUAAAUAUGUAGAUGAGAGAAGAACCUCAUGAUUCUACCAAAAUUUUUAUCAACAGCUGUUUAAAGUCUUUGUAGCGUUUAAAAAAUAUAUAUAUAUACAUAACUGUUAUGUAGUUCGGAUAGCUUAGUUUUAAAAGACUGAUUAAAAAACAAAAAGGAAAAAAAAAGAAGCAAUUUUGAAGCAGCCCUCCAGAAGGAGUUGGUUCUGUAUUAUUUGUAUUAAAUACGAGCUUGCGAACCAAUCAUUUUACAUCUGGUUUUUAAACCAUAAGGGCACGACGAAUGCAGUGCCAUAUUCCUUUUUUUUUUUCCUCUGUGUGAAACAACUUUAAUUGUGAUGUUACUUGUUAUUGUUUAAAUGUACAGAAACAAAGGGUUAAAUGUGUUAAUAUACCUUGUUCCAUGGUGUUGUUCUUUUGGGGGGAGGGGGAUGCUACUCAGCAAUUAAUGGAAUCACAACGCUGUUGGACCAGUAGUAUUUAUUGCUUUAGAGAUUGCUUGUCGAACCUGUACGUUGUCCCUUUUAAGAUAUGUUUUACUUUUUCUUGAAACUGUAUAAAGUUUUUUUUUCCCUUAGCAUAAGCAUCUUAUAUAUAACAACUCAUUUGUACAAGGUUUUUAAGUUUAUAUAUAAAAUGUGUAUAUAUAUUUUUUUGUUUCUCUUUUUGACUUUUUUUUUUUUUUUUUUUUUUUUGGCUGUAUGAAACCCAGAUGCCGCCAAAUGGACAUUACUAGUUGCAUUAAAGGAUCAGUAGCAUUAACGAAAGUUGCUUUAAAAGCCAUUAUGUAAAACAAGACUUGAAAAUUAGCGAGGGAAUUUUAGCGAGAUGCUGUGUGAGCAGCAGUGGGAACCAACCCUGUUUCUCCUUUGAACCAUAGUCGGCAGCUCUGUACCGUUAGGAUGCGGCCUGACUGUGUGCAGAACUUUAUGUGCCAAAAUUCUCAGUGACUUUAGCUUUCUCCCUCUUUUUGAUGCUGUAAUUUUUGUUCAUCAUGUUUUGCUGUGAUGUUACAUAGGUAGAUUUGUAUGUAGUUUUAAUGUCACUUAUAACAAGAUGUGUUUGGUAGCAGAUUGUCCAGAAAGCAUUUUAAAUGAAGAGGUAUAAACCCUUAGGGGCCAAAAUUCUGUAUAUUAGAUUACUCUUAAAGGAAAAACCAGCUGCCGCUUUUAUGUACACGUAUGACAUACAAGUAGGUGGCAAACUUUACAAAUAAAAAAAAAAAAAACCUAGGCAUGUUGAUGUUGCAAAAUGCUGUAUAAAGCUGAAACCCGUUCAUUCAGUGCCAUUGUAGUUGACAUGAAGCGAUUGUAAAACUGUCUCCAAUUUUUCUCUGGUUUAUUAAAAUGCUAACUAUAACAUUUUUUGUGAAUACUUUGAAUGUUUCCUAACAGUUGUGAUGUUACUGUUCCGUUUUAUGCUCUUAUUCCAAUUUCAUUUUUAAUGGUUUGGAAGCCAUUUUUGUAAUGAAUAAAUGUUCAUGCUGUACAGUAUCUGUAGCAUGCCGUUCUGGAUUAAUAAAAGCAACUUAGUAUGUGCAGAUCAA